AUGGCUGUAAACCUUUCAUAUCCUACUUUCACAUUCAACCUUAAAAUUGCAAAAUUUGAUGUCCAUCCACAAGCAAUAUAUCCUGUGUUCAUCUUUGGAGCUCUGAUCUAUGUGUUCUCUGUGUUCUGUAAUGGAACCAUUCUUGGACUGAUAAUCACCCAAAGAAACCUUCACAAGCCGAUGUUUUACAUCCUGUUCAGCCUCCCUCUAACUGAUUUAAUUGGAAUCACUUCUGCUCUGCCCAGGGUGCUUGUAGACAUUAUAACAGGAACAAAUGAUGUGUAUUACCCUACAUGUGUUCUUCAGGCUUUUUUGGUACAUAUGUAUGGCGGUGCAAUACUUUUUCUACUGGCAGCCAUGUCGAUAGACCGGUACAUAGCAAUAUGCAACCCACUCAGAUACCAUUCUAUUAUGACUCCUGGCAGAAUAUGUGGGCUCAUUUCAUUGGCAUGGAGCCUGGACCUUGUCUUAAUACUUGUUUUAUUUUCUCUUCAAUCUAGAAUGGAGAAAUGUAAGUCUUUCAUUGCUAAUGUGUACUGCGACAACCCAUCUUUGCUUUUGCUUUCAUGUGGAGGGGAUUUUACAGUGAACAACAUUUAUGGUUUAUCUGUAACAGCAUUUAUGCAGGUAAUCAGUGUCUCUGUCCAGCUGUACUCUUAUACGCAAAUUCUCAUCACGUGUAUAAAACAAACACAUGCUGAUUCAAAAAUAAAGGCUGUAAAUACAUGUAUGGCCCAGAUCGGUACAUUUUUUCUCUUUGAAAUAGUGACAACCAUUGCUAUUUUAUCAUAUCGGAUCCCUAAUUUUUCUUCCAGUGCACAGAGGAUUUGUGGGUUGAUGAUUUACACAGUCCUUCCAGUUGUCAAUCCAGUCAUAUACGGAAUUAAAACUAAAGAUAUCAGAAUAGCUUUCUUUUUGGUUUUGAAAAGGAACAAAGUUGGUCCACGUAAAAAUGCAUCUGUUGUUCAAAACAGAAAAUAA